UGAACUGACAGCGAUACGCAACAUGGAGUGGCGCAGCUUCUUUUAAAAUUCAUACAGUUAAAACAGUGGAGAGUCAGCUUCCGUUAAGUAGUCUUUGGCGAAAGAGACCAUUUCGACGCUCAGACAGAACAUAAGGAUGGAGGUGGAAAACCGAACCAACAGUUUUGAGUAUGCCGAGCGGAGCAAGGCAAUUAAUGGUUUCUACACAGAUCACUCCCUCCACUCUGACCAGAAUGAUGGAAUUGAUGAUCAGGCUGACCAGCGCUCCUGCCUCAUCUGCGGUGACCGCGCCACCGGCCUGCACUAUGGCAUCAUCUCCUGCGAGGGCUGCAAGGGCUUCUUCAAGCGCAGCAUCUGCAACAAGCGCGUGUACCGCUGCAGCCGCGACAAGAACUGUGAGAUGUCGCGCAAGCAGCGCAACCGCUGCCAGUACUGCCGCCUGCUCAAGUGCCUGCAGAUGGGCAUGAACCGCAAAGCUAUCAGGGAGGAUGGGAUGCCAGGUGGAAGAAACAAAAGCAUUGGGCCAGUACAGAUCUCGCACGAGGAGAUUGAGCGCAUCAUGACUGGUCAGGAGUUCAAGGAGGAAGCCGGCCUGGCGGAACACACCUGGAGCAAUAACGGAGACAGCGACCACAGCUCCCCUGACAACGGCGUCUCCGAGGGCAACCAUCCCUCCCCCAUCUCUACCUUGUCCUCCAGCCGCUCGCUGGAGAUGAACGGCUACUCUGCCUACAGGGACCAGUAUGCGGGCACUUAUUGCUCCCCCUCCUACCAGUUCCUCCCGCACCUUUUUUAGGCAGCACGCAGGCAGGCCUGCUGCCUCCUGCCGGGCCUGUAUCCCCAGUCCCAGACCCUGGUGUCCCAGCUGGUGGCCGCAGAGGACCUGGCACCACUAGCCACACCCAUGCUGAUCGAGGAAGGGUACCGUGUGACUCAGGUGGAGCUCUUUGCGCUGCUGUGCCGCCUGGCGGACGAGCUGCUCUUCCGGCAGAUCUCGUGGAUCAAGCAGCUGCCGUUCUUCUGCGAGCUGCCCAUCGAGGACUACACGCGGCUGCUCAGCGCCACCUGGCAGGAGCUCAUCCUGCUGGCCAGCCUCACCAUCUACAGCCCGCAGAUCUUCGGAGACCUGGCCCACAUCACCACCAAGUACACGCCCACCGACGAGGAGCUGCAAGGGUUUGGCGAGGACAGCAUGGAGGUGAUGGAAAGGCUCAUCUACUUCUUCCGCAAGUUCCACCAGCUGAAGAUCAGCAACGAGGAAUACGCCUGCAUGAAAGCCAUCAACUUCCUCAACCAAGACAUCGCCGGUCUGACCAACGCAGGCCAGGUGGAGCAGUUGAACAAGCGCUACUGGUACGUGUGCCAGGACCUGACCGAGAGCAAGUACCCACACCAGCCCAAGCGCUUCCCUGAGAUCAUGAUGUGUCUGCCAGAGAUCCGCUGCAUCGCAGGUAAGAUGGUCAACGUCCCCCUGGACCAGCUCCCUCUGCUGUUCAAAGCCGUCCUCCACUCCUGCAAGUCCAACGCGAGCAAUCUCAGCACAGUGUCCUCCCCCGGCCUGACCACUCGAGCCGCUCCUGGAAACGGAGCCACGCCUCCUUAAACCUACCGUCGAAUAGGAGGAGAGAGAGCCGCAGAGGAGGGAGGCGCAAUGCUGACAAGCCACCUCCCUCCCUUGCGGCCCAGUGUGGGAAUGUGCCGAGCAGCUGUUGUGUUUUUUCUUUCUCUCUCUCUCCUUCAUCAUUUGUUUUUAAAAACAAUGUUGUUUUUGUCCUCUAUAUCUAUUUAUUACACGACAGAGAUGAAUGUAUGAUUCUCUAUGCUGUGCACAUGCUUCUGUUCCAGAAUGCACAAAACAAUGCAAGUCACAGUGCAGUUUACCGCAAGUCUGUUAAAUCAAAUGUUGACAGCAUAGACAGUAUUUCUCUUUUUUCACCCAGAUUAGUUCUGGCCGAUAUUCUCUCUCAAAAUUUUUUUAAUUCUCAUGAUUGGUGAUGCGUGGGCAGGAAUGAACUACAUUUUAGCCAAAUAUACUACCUCAGUUGUUACAUGUUCAGGUGCUGAUUGCCGUAUUUACCUGUGUAGAAUUUUCCACAUAUUUGGAGUUGGUGCAUAAACGACAGCACCUUGUCAUCAUUUUUUUUUAAUCAAGCAGUUUAGCUUUGUUUAUGGACUUUAUAUGCAAUAUAUAUAUAUAUAUAUAUAUAUAUAUAUAUAUAUCAAGCAUAUAUCAAGAGACAUUGAGUAUUCACUGUUCUCUUUCUCAUUUCCGAGUGCUAGUUUAAUUUAAAGAGAACAAUACAGGUAUUUUCUACAGUCCCACGUAAAGAAAUCCUGUGCAAGGGAGUGGAUGGUAUCAAGUAUUGUUUUCUUUCUACGAUGGAAAGGGGCUCUGGAAGGACUCUGUGAAUUUGACCACUAACUAGUCGAUUGGGAACAAACAUACGAGUCCUGUGACUGUUUGGCCAGUAGACUGUGGCCCAGUAAGCCACCUUAACGUGUGCCAGUUGCCGGAGAGACAAGAAAGUGCAAUACGCACAGUGUGAGAACGAACUAAACAACCCCAUGACUGAUACAGUAGGAGGGACAGAUGGAUGCUGACGUGCUAGGUAUCGCUACACCCAGCCGUGUUCAAACAUGCUUCUUUUGGUAAGGAUCCUUUCAGAACCACCACCACCCCCCAUUCUGACUGUGCUCUGUGUGUGUGUGUGUGUGUGUACGCAUCCGUGUGUCUGUAUCUGUGUGCGUGCGUGCAAACACACUUGUGUGUGUGUGGGUGUGUGUGUGUGUGUGUCGUGCAGGCUUCCAAACACAUCAGCCAAAGGGUUCCAGUUGGCGUCUGUAAGGACCUCUCUGGUCUUCUCUCUCAUGGGUCCCUGAAGACUUGUGUUUUAAACAGGGUAAAAGCAAGUGUAUUGUACUGUGUUAAGAAAGAAUUCUCAGGAAUCACUAUUGUUGAAGUACAUAUAGAAUUGAGUAGUUUUAGGUCCUGGGGACAUUGUACGUUCCCAGUAGUGGAUAUUUUUUUUGUAUUUUUUCCCCCUGGGAUAUCUGUGAUUUGGGUGGGGUUCUAUUUUCUUGGUGUGUGUGGAGGAUUUGAGAUAUUAAGUGCUAACUUCCAAAAAAAGAGGACAAAUCGUCGACCGUUUCUGCUGUGUGUGCCUGGACUGGUUUGAAGGCAUUAUAAUCUUAAAUGGUGCUACAUUAUGCAAGUUAGAUUAGUAGAUUACUGGGUGCACCACCACUAAGAGACAGGUGCUCUAAAACCCAGCCAGGACGAUCAAGGAGCACAUCCAAACGUGGGUGACGAGCGAGGUUGAACUGACUGACACAUUUGCAUUUGACCAGUUUAUUGUUUUCUGCCUCUGCCUGAAAACAUUCCAAGUAUUGCUUUGAAAAAAAAAAAUUUGUAUUUCUUGUGUCUCUAAAUGUUUACAUAUUUGCACCAGACAAUGAUUCUAAAGUGAAGUAACUGUGCCAGAUUGGAAGGUUCUGCUAUGCUGUGCAUGUCCACCACUCAGCAGUGGCCUUCAGGGCUGCGUAGACGCCGUGGCCAGGCUCUUGAAGUGCCUCCAUUGUGCUACUAUGCUAACCGUGCAGCCAUACGUAUGUAUUGGUCUUCUCGUUCAUCAUUAUGUUUUGCUGUCCUUUUUAAAAGAAUAUGUUGAGUUGGAUUGUAUUUUUGUCCUCUUCUAUUGAUGAUCAUUGUGAAUGUUACAUUUCUGAUUUUUAAAAACAAUGUGUAAUUUUUUUUAUCUGUGUUCAAGCGAGGGAUGACUUUUUUAAGGGUCUGUUCUGUUGCCAUAGUUCAUGGGCAAUGUGAAAUCCAUUUUUGAUUGGAAAUGGCAAAUACCACUCCAUUUUCUAGGGGGCCGUGCCUCUGUCAAUAUAAAUACUUUUGUUUUGGUUUAUUGUAAUCUCCACAUCAGGUCUGCAGUGGGGGUUUUGUUUGAUUGAUAGGUGAUGUCUGUCUCCAGACUCAGACACUCAGGG